AUUCCUCAGGCAAUGGCGUUUUACAACGAAGUCGAUGCUGCUUCAGUGGCCUCGCCCGUGCCGUGCGGUUCGUGGGUUUGGAUUCCCACAUGGGACAGUGUCACUUUCACGUCGCCUAAUUACCCCAAUGACUAUACCUGGACGAAGUGUUACUGGAAGUUUUACGCUAACUCCUCUGACGCCCGGAUUGAGAUCGACUGCUCAGACUUCCAGCUGCAGGAUGCUGUUUUAGGAGUGUGUCUCAAUGAUGUAUUCACCAUCGAGGCCGGGCUGUUCAACUGCAUAAGGAAUUUUCUUAUGAAGUAAGAUAUUCUUAAGAUUAAUUGAUACCUAAUUUAUGAUCAGGUCUAACAUGCACAGGGAUUAUACGUCAAGGAAACUCAGUCGUGAAAAAUCAUAUGACACUGAAAUAUAAGGAUUUCAAGAUUACCUA